CACCUGCCCCACACCUGCUCCAGUACCCUCUCCUGAGGCCCCAUUGCCCUUCAGCACCCCACCCUCCCAUCCUCUGGGCCCCUUGCUCUCAGAAGGCCCCAUGCCCUCAGUAGGCCCUGUGCCCUUGGUACUCCUGGACCUCCCACCACAGACAACUACCUAGGCUUUUCUGUCCCAGGCCUAGUGUCUGUCCCUCCCCAACUUCUUCCUGGCCCUGAGAACCCCCAGGCAAUCUCAGAUGAAGACCCAUCCUUGCCCCUUGUUGGAUUCCCCCUCCUACUAUACCACCAGAUGAAACUUUGGGGGGAGAAUGCCCAGACCAGCCUUUGUCCACUAUGAUAAGGAGGAACCAUCUGAGGUGGAGACCUCCCUGGAAAGUGACUCUGAGGACAGCAUGGUGAUUGUGCCCAAGGGGCUUCCCCCUCGCCACCUCCACCACCCUCAGGUGUCACAUCACCCCCUGUAGCCCGUUCUGGGCCACCAACAGGAGGGAGAGGAAGGUGGCCCUCCACCCCCAACCCUGCCUCCAGCUCUGCCUCCCCCUGAGUCUCCCCCAGAGAUGCAGCCUAAGCCAGAAUCAGAACCUGGGCUGCUGUCAGAAGUGGAGGACGCAGCUCUCACCCAUGCCCCUGAAGUGCUCCCCUCCCAGGGGGAGGUGGAGAGGGACGGGGGCAGCCCCACAGCAGGCCCACCUCCCCAGGAGCUGGUUGAAGAAGAGCCCUCUGCUUUCCCAACUCUGCUGGAAGAAGGGACUGAGGAUGGGGAUGACAAGGUGCAGCCCCCAACAGAGACAUCUACAGAAGAAAAGAUAGAGACAGAGACAGAGGCCGAAGCUCUCCAGGAAAAGAUGGGCAGAAGGCUCUUUGGAUAACUGCAGGACCAUCUUACCCAAGAUCAUGGCAACAAGGGAGAAACGCUCAUACGUCUGACAUAUAUAAGCCAAACCAGUGUCAUCUAAGAAGAUCUUCUGGAGGAUGAAUGUGGCAACUGUUUUAGAAAGUUCACUUCCAGAUUCCAUAAUUCGCAAACAUAAAGGGAUAAUUUCUGUUGUCAGUAAAAAGUUGAUUACUCCUUGUUCAUCUGUUUUCACCAGGGUCCCAAUAACUCCAAGGCUGGUGAGUCAAAGAUACUCAAAGGGACGUGUGUGCAAAAAAGGGGUACAAAAAAGUGGAUGUGUGCUGCAAGAAACGCUGACCUGGCUUCUGGAUGUGAUGCUACACAUUGCAGUAAUGCCAGAGCAUUGCAAACUCUGUUAAUUUGGUGUGCUGUCAAUGUGGGUGAAGGUCAGGAACAGAUUCUCACUUCUUACUUAGCUCCAGCAAAUCAUUUUCCCUCAUCUCAG